GCAUAAAAGAGGCACCGGAGAGGAGAGCAGCUCCACAUCUCCCACACCGGCCUGCCUGUCCCAUCUCCUGAGGAACCCUCUCCGACGCUACCAUGACGAUGACCGUUCUGCAGUUGCUAGGAGUGCUCCUGUGCUCCGUCUUUGCCUCUGCCGAGGUGAUGCCCAUGCCCGACUUCGACCUGUCGCAGAUGGCAGGGAAGUGGUACAUGGUUGGCUUCGCCACAAAUGCUCAGUGGUUCGUCAACCACAGGGCUGGCAUGAAGAUGGGCAGUGCCCUGCUCAGCCCGACCGCCGGAGGAGACCUGGACCUCACCUAUGCCAACCUGAACUCCGAUGGCUCCUGCUGGAGGAUGACCCACCUGGCCAAGAAGACUGAGACUCCUGGACGCUUCACCUUCCGCAGCCAGCGCUGGAACAAUGACAAUGACAUGCGCAUAGUGGACGCCAAAUACGACGAGUUUGCUCUCGUCUACACCGUCAAGACCAAAGAUGGCGUGGCUGAGGUCCUGAACAAACUUUACGGACGCAGUGCCGACUUGAGCCCCGAGCUGCAGGAGAAGUUCAGACAGUUCAGCCUGGAGACUGGAAUUGCCCCCGAAAACAUCGCCAUUCUGCCCCCUAAUGGGGAGUGUGCUGCUGCAUAAAGCCACACACACACACACACACACACACACACGCGUCUGGCGACGCCUCUACGCUGCUCCUCCGCUCUGGCACCUUUGCAAAAGCAUUCCGCACUGUGAUCUGUAUCGCACCUCACUUGUUUCAUACAAUGUGUUUUUUUACAGCUUGUUUUGUUUGUACAUUUUUAAAUAUUUUGGUGAUAUUAAAAUAAGUGAGAAAAACAUAAA